AUGGUGGGCUUUCGUCCAUCCCUGUCAUCUAGGGACGUCAUGAAACUCAUUAAACUCCAGAUCAUCGAUAGGGACACCAGAGACGUCAGGGGUAUGUCGGUGCUGGAUCUUGUAAAGGCCUUCGAUCAAAUUUCCCAUAGGCACAUCCACGAUUCCGUUACGGACAUGGACCUUGGAUCCAAAUUUCACGGGUUCGUCAGUUCGUUCCUUCGGGGCAGGCGCGCCGCUCUCAAGGUAGGCGAGGUAAAGUCUGAUCCCUUCGAGCUGGGGGCAAGGGGGACCCCUCAGGGGUCGGUGAUCUCACCACUUCUCUUCAACGUCGCCAUGCGCGGUCUCUCCGCCCAUUUGUCCGAGGUCGAUGACAUUAAUCACGCUCUUUACGCCGACAACAUCCCGGUGUGGUGCGAUGGCGGCAGUGAAGGCAGAGUCGAGGAAUCGCUACAGGCGGCCCUGAGCUGCACGGAGGAUUUCUUGGUGGGCACGGGGCUCCGGCUCUCCCCGUCCAAGUCCGAACUCCUUUUCUAUCGAUCGACCAGGAGGGGGCGCAUCCCCAAGGGUCAGGUCCCUCUCGAGAAGGUUGACAUCUCCAUUCGCAAGGCCAUCGGGCAGAUCAUUCCCAAGGUGGAGUUCAUCCGCGUACUCGGUAUGCUCAUCGAGGCAAAUGGUUGUAACGGACAGACGAUCACUCGUAUCGCCACCAAAACGGACAACAUCGUCAGGCUCAUCGCUAGGGUCUCCAACAGUUACGGAGGGCUGGGGGAGGACAACCUCCUCAGGCUGUACCCCUUCCUUCCUAAUGAGCCGCAUCAAGCAGACGCAGGGCCCGGGCGGCUGCACUUCUCGGAUCCGUCGCAGGUGAUCCGCAAUCGGUAG